CUUAUUCAACUGAUUCUGAAUCAUCUUACACUACCAGACCUGUGUAGAUUAGCACAGACUUGCAAACUACUGAGCCAGCAUUGCUGUGAUCCUCUACAAUACAUCCAUCUCAAUCUGCAACCAUACUGGGCAAAACUAGAUGACACCUCUUUGGAAUUUCUACAGUCUCGAUGCACUCUUGUCCAGUGGCUUAAUUUAUCUUGGACUGGCAAUAGAGGCUUCAUCUCUGUUGCAGGAUUUAGCAGGUUUCUGAAGGUUUGUGGAUCUGAAUUAGUACGCCUUGAAUUGUCUUGCAGCCACUUUCUUAAUGAAACUUGCUUAGAAGUUAUUUCUGAGAUGUGUCCAAAUCUACAAGCCUUAAAUCUCUCCUCCUGUGAUAAGCUACCACCUCAAGCUUUCAACCACAUUGCCAAGUUAUGCAGCCUUAAACGACUUGUUCUCUAUCGAACAAAAGUAGAGCAAACAGCACUGCUCAGCAUUUUGAACUUCUGUUCAGAGCUUCAGCACCUCAGUUUGGGCAGUUGUGUCAUGAUUGAAGACUAUGAUGUGAUAGCUAGCAUGAUAGGAGCCAAGUGUAAAAAACUCCGGACCCUGGAUCUAUGGAGAUGUAAGAAUAUUACUGAGAAUGGAAUAGCAGAACUGGCUUCUGGGUGUCCACUUCUGGAGGAACUUGACCUCGGCUGGUGCCCAACUCUGCAGAGCAGCACCGGGUGCUUCACCAGACUGGCACGCCAGCUCCCACACUUGCAAAAACUCUUUCUUACAGCUAACAGAUCUGUAUGUGACACAGACAUUGAAGAAUUGGCAUGUAAUUGUACCAGGUUACAGCAGCUGGACAUACUAGGAACAAGAAUGGUAAGUCCGGCAUCCUUAAGAAAACUCCUGGAAUCUUGUAAAGAUCUUUCUUUACUUGAUGUGUCCUUCUGUUCGCAGAUUGAUAACAGAGCUGUGCUAGAACUGAAUGCAAGCUUUCCAAAAGUGUUCAUUAAAAAGAGCUUUACUCAGUGACUUAAUAUAUGUUCUGUAAUAAAAUUAAUGUGCUUUGGUGGGGUUUAUUUUGGGAUUGGUUUUGGGUUUUGGUUUUAGUUGUUUUAAUGGUAAGAAUUAAGAUAUUUGUAGAUUUUGAAGAAAAAUAUGAAAUGGACUGUCCAUUAAAUCAAGUAAAAAUGUGCACAAAUGUUUUCAUAAAAUAUUACAAGCACUUCUCUUCAGGAAUAUGUGAGUGGAUGAUAUUUUUACCUUAUGUUAAUCAGUGAUAUGCUGUAGUCAAUAAUAUGAUUGAUAAAAGAAUAACAUGGUAACAUGCUAACUUAUUUUCAAAGGAACACUAAGCAAUAAAGUAUCAUGGUAUUUAUGCAAAAAAAAA